GGCGGCGGCUGGGCCGGGGCCAUGGAGCUGCUAAAGCUGAACCGGAGCGUGCAGGGAUCCGGACCCGGGCCGGGGGCUCCCCUGUGCCGUCCGGGGGGCCCCCUCCUCAACAGCAGCGGUACCGGCAACCUCAGCUGCGAGCCCCCUCGCAUCCGCGGAGCCGGGACACGAGAAUUGGAGCUGGCCAUUAGGGUCACCCUUUAUGCAGUGAUCUUUCUGAUGAGUGUUGGAGGAAAUGUGCUCAUCAUUGUGGUCCUGGGACUGAGCCGCCGCCUGAGGACCGUCACCAACGCCUUCCUGCUCUCCUUGGCGGUCAGCGAUCUCUUGCUGGCUGUGGCCUGCAUGCCCUUCACCCUCCUGCCCAAUCUCAUGGGCACAUUCAUCUUUGGCACAGUCGUCUGCAAGGCAGUUUCCUAUCUCAUGGGGGUGUCUGUGAGCGUGUCCACCCUAAGCCUCGUGGCCAUUGCCCUGGAGCGGUACAGCGCCAUCUGCCGACCACUGCAGGCGCGCGUGUGGCAGACGCGCUCCCACGCGGCUCGUGUGAUCGUAGCCACCUGGAUGCUGUCUGGACUGCUCAUGGUGCCCUACCCUGUGUACACUGCCGUGCAGCCAGCGGGGCCCCGUGUGCUGCAGUGUGUGCAUCGCUGGCCCAGUGCACGGGUUCGCCAAACCUGGUCGGUGCUGCUGCUCCUGCUCUUGUUCUUCGUCCCGGGUGUGGUUAUGGCGGUGGCCUACGGGCUUAUCUCCCGCGAGCUCUACUUAGGGCUCCGCUUUGACGGUGACAGUGACAGCGAGAGCCAGAGCCGAGUACGAAGCCAAGAAGGGCCGCCGGGCGGGGCGCGACCAGGUCCUGCCCACCAGAACGGGCGUUGCCGGCCAGAGAUCGGGCUGGCUGGUGAGGACGGUGAUGGCUGUUACGUACAGCUUCCGCGCUCCCGGCCUGCAUUGGAGCUGUCGGCGCUGACCGCGCCCACUCCUGGGCCAGGAUCUGGCCUCCGGCCUGCCCAGGCCAAGCUGCUGGCGAAGAAGCGCGUGGUGCGGAUGUUGCUGGUCAUCGUCGUCCUUUUUUUCCUGUGUUGGCUGCCAGUGUACAGCGCCAACACGUGGCGCGCCUUCGACGGCCCUGGCGCACACCGCGCGCUUUCGGGCGCGCCCAUCUCUUUCAUCCACUUGCUGAGCUACGCCUCGGCUUGUGUCAACCCCCUGGUCUACUGCUUCAUGCACCGUCGCUUUCGCCAAGCCUGCCUCGACACGUGCGCCCGAUGCUGCCCACGGCCUCCACGAGCUCGCCCCAGGCCUCUUCCAGAUGAGGACCCUCCCACCCCCUCCAUUGCUUCACUGUCCAGGCUAAGCUACACCACCAUCAGCACGCUGGGGCCUGGCUGAGGGGUGGAGGUGGAGUGGGGGCUGAGGCAGGACAGACCCAUUCCUACAAGCACGGCCCCAUCCAGACACACAAGAAACACAGACCAACUGACACAAGAGAUUGACACCCAACAGCAUGGACUAACCCCAAUGCACAGGAAAAGAUGGCUUAACUGACACCAAGGAAACAAACCAGACCCCCACACAGGAAAUGAGGCACACUCUUGGUAUAGGACUGAGCCUGGCACGUAGAAACAUGGCACUGCCCUUGGACAUACAGAGACACAGUGUCCCUAGCAGCGGACCAUCCCUACACAGCGGGAGCUCUGACGGAGCUCACCUGCCUCUCACAUACACAUAUAGUAAUGGCACUGAUUCUUUUAGGGCUCUGGAGCUUGGCAUGGAGCUGACUCCUGAGAUGCUCCAGGCUGCCCCCAGUUUGACCUCACAGUGCCCUUCCCCAGUCAGUGCUGGAGACACCAGCUGGUAGGCCUAAUCUUACACUUCCCUGACCAACAGGCUAUUUUGUACUGAAAAGUCCUGUCAUUCCUUUCCAAUUAAAUACUAUGGCCCUGCCCCCUCCUCCUUCACCUAGUCUCUUCAAAAAACAAUAAAUGACUUGGCUUCCUCUUAAACUUCCUUUCUGGACUUUUUGGGGACAGGUGAGGAGGCACCAGAUUUUAUGGAGUCCUUCCUGUCAGGUCCCUCUCCCUGCUGCUCACUCCUGUAUAUGACCCCCUGCCACAAAGCCCGUGGUCUGAGGCUAGAUGAGGCUGUGUGUAUUCUCUCUGGGAUAACAUCCUGGACUCAUCUACAUGCCAGUGUUGUAUGUAGUA